AUGUCAAGAUACGACCGUGCGAUCACAGUCUUCUCGCCAGAUGGUCAUUUGUUCCAAGUGGAAUAUGCCAUGGAAGCUGUUAAGAAAGGUGCUGUGGCCGUGGGUGUUCGUGGUCAAAACGCUGUUGUUUUGGCGGUCGAGCGUAAGGAGACGGCCAAGCUACAAGAUCCACGCACUGUACGCAAGAUUUGCAAAGUGGAUGAUCACAUUUCCAUUGCUUUUGCUGGUCUUACAGCCGAUGCCCGCGUACUUGUGAACAAAGCACGUCUUGAGUGCCAAAGCUAUCGUCUUACAGUAGAAGACGCGCCGUCUGUUGAAUAUGUCGCCCGCUAUGUCGCACGCGUCCAGCAAAAGUACACGCAGCGUGGUGGUGUACGUCCAUUUGGGAUUUCAAUGCUCAUUGCUGGCUGCGACAGCCAAGGCAUUCCACAAUUAUACCAGACGGAUCCGUCUGGUACAUUUUCAGCUUGGAAAGCCAACGCUACUGGUCGCAAUUCGUCAAACAUUCGAGAGUUUCUUGAGAAACACUAUGUGGAAAAUGCGACAGAAGAAGAAGCGAUAACACUAGCAAUUAAAGCGCUUCUUGAGGUUGUCGAGUCGGGGAGUAAGAAUAUUGAAAUUGUCGUGGUGCGAGUGGGCGGUAAAGUAUCGCCUCUUGAAGACGAAAAGGUGAAUGCACUUUGCGAUAAAAUUGAGGAAGAAAAAGAGGCAGCUCGUCAGGCUAGCGCAAGAACUAGUUGGCACUUGCGUCCAACAAAUUGA